AUGCCAGCCUGGUGUUUUAUGUUUGCACAAACAUUAACCGGAGUUGCGCGUGUAUUGUUUGAUGCGCUGAAUGAAGGAGAAAUCAACGAUUUCGAAGAGUUUCGGAGGUUAUUCCUCCCGAACUUGAGUCAGCAAAGACACUACUCCAAGGAAAUAACUGAAGUACACAACAUCCGAAGGAAAGAUGGCGAAUCUCUAGACAGUUUCAUUGAUCGUUUCAAUCGGGAAAGUAUGCAGAUCAGUGGGGUUGUAGACCAACCGAGGAUAUCCGGCUUCUGUCAUGGUGUCCGGAAUAAUCAGUUGGUGGAAAAGCUGCACGAAAACCUCCCAAAAAAAUGGAAGUGCUCAUGGAGCGAGCCCGAGCGUUUGCUCGCGAAAAAACGCCUUGAGAUCCUCAGCGCCGAAGGAGCAAACUUUCCCACACCUCCGAAGCUUCGUAAUCCAGGAGAUAAAAACUCGAAGAAAUACUGCGACUAUCAUCAUGCACGAGGCCACAAUACGGACGACUGUUGGUCAUUAAAGCAGGAAAUUGAGAAAGCAGUCCGAUCCGGCAAGCUCUCGCAUCUGGUAAAAGAAGUGAAGGAAGGGAAAUCUUCUGGCAACUCGGUGGAUAAUCCGAAUAACCAGUCGGUAAUUUGCAUGAUAAGGAAAAUGAAUAGUCAAGGCAUCAAACGGACCAGUCAUCAUAUGGCCGCAUGGAUGCACCAGCCAAUUGCCUUUCCUCCAAUGGCUCCAGGAGAAGUCAAAGACGGACCGAUCAUUGUGUCUGCGGUUAUAGCAGGACACAAGGUCCAAAGAAUUUAUGUUGACAGCGGAAGUGCUUCCGAAAUCAUGUACCAGCAGUGUUUCCAACAGCUGGCUCCACAAACCAAGGCAAAAUUAAUACAAGUAUCCAUGCCGCUAGUAAGUUUCUCCGGAGAAGUGGUUCAGCCGAUCGGGCAAAUCACCUUACCAACCACGUUGGGUACUGAAAGUCUGGCUAGAACUGUCAACUUAACAUACCUAGUGGUUGGAGCCAGGUCCGUUCAUAACGUCAUAUUAGGGAGACCAGGGAUGCGUGCUUUUGGCAUUAUCAGCUCCACCAUUCAUGGAUCAUUAAAAUUUCCCACCGAAGCAGGGGAGCAACUUUGCAUUCUGAGUCCACCUUGUGUGUGA